UUUAUGUUUUUAAAGGGCACAGUCUUCCUCUGGCAGGAAUUCCUGCAGGUCGUGUAAUUACAUAAGCCUGCACGCAUGCACUGCGGUGCUGGAGAGUUCAUCCCAGUCGUCUGUUUUCAUGCUGAGCACAGAACCUCUGACACAACUCUCUCCCUGCAUGGUAACCGCAGGUCUCACCCGUAUAAUCUGGAUUAAAGUGUCAUCCAUGCCGCCAGGUCUCCGGCGCAGUCGUUCUGGCAGAUGAUUUUAGACUGCAGCGAGCAAAGCGAGAGAGAGAGAGCGAGCAGGGAUGUUGCUGCUGAGGUCCGGAUGCUUGCUGAACUGCAGAUGCUGCGUUUGGAAGUUUGAUUGAUGUGAGGAGGAGGAAGGCGCUCAGGUAUGGCAGCAAAGUUGGGGAAAUAUUUGCUGCUGGCGGAGCAAAUGUGCCGCAGGACUUUGAAGAUCUGCAGCAUGAGGGCACACUGCAGCUGAAAGACUUCUGCAUGAAGCCUUCCUCACUCCAGACCUCUCCUCUUCACCUGUAGGGUCUGACAUGGAUGCUACAAACCAAGAAGUUUACAUCAACUAGUUUCUACCAAAAUCUGCACAACUGUUUGCAUCAUGGAAGAGAGUAAGCUCAUCUUCAGCCUGGACCGUAAAGACGAAGGCCCCUCUGUGGCUUUUACAAAAGACAAACCUCAAACCAGGGAGUCUCGGUCUGACCUCAGCCUUGGGAUGGAUCUGGAGUUGGGUCAAAGUUUCCACUCAAAGCCCCUGUGCCUCCCUCACUCCCCGUCAUCUCCAGGAUCUUUAUCGGACCUGUCCAUGAUGUCAGAGGAUCUUCUCAUGACCACCGGCCUGGUCAAGUCUUCCUCCACAGACCUGAAGCCGAGAGAGAGCAGCACUCUGAGAGGCAAGCCGCUCCUCAGCUUGGUCAAGUCUUUCAGCACUGAGAUCUCGCGCAGGGCCGAGCCGGAGGUCAAUCUCUCCAUGUCUGACUCCAAGCUUCAUCUGCAUCCCUGGAAGACAAACCAGAAGAUCCCAGAGGACAGGCCUGAUGAGGGAGGAGGGAAUCAAAAUGGAGAGGGGACAUCACCUCCUUCUGCAGGGAACUUGUCUCCCACUGAACCUCGAGGGAGCUCCCUGAUCGCCGAGUUGGAGGACACACGGAGGAAGUUCUCCGAGGCUAUGCAGGAUCCUCUCAGCAUGUUGAGUAAGAUCAUGGGCGACGAGAGCUCCGGGAGUCCCAAGCAGGGGAAAGCUCCAGAAGACUCACUGGUGUUACAAAGUAGCUGCAGGAGGAGCAGUAUCAGUGAAGAUUCCGACCUGAGAUGCAGGAGGACGGAUGGCGAGCAGAAAUCCACAUGUGACAGUCCUGUCAGGAGAUUCCAGAAGGACUCGCCAAUAAAAUCCAGCGACAGCCCAGAACGAAAAGACAGGAACUUAGAAAUCUGCUCUUACGGGGAUGUGAUUCAGGUGGUGGAGCUCCAGGGUGGAGCUGGACGGACACAUCGGAAAACGUUUCCCAAGUCUAGGGUCACGAUCAUGGGUUCUGCUUUUCCCAUUCACUGGCUCUUCCCUGUGGGACUUCUGGCUUAUGCUUUUUUCGUGCUGCCCCUGCCGUCCUACGUUACAGGUCUGUCUCUGGGGGUGGCGUGUGGGUUCAUGCUGGGCUUGGUGGUGGUGUUUGUGUUUUCUCCAAGACAGGCCGGCUCCAAAGGGAACGCGGGAUUUAGGAGCCAGACUAUUACGGAUGAUCUGGAUAGGGAGCUCACUGAUCCAGGCUCUCUAGAGGGCUGGAUGAGUGAAUCCUACAGCUAUGACCCUGAGACUUUCCACCCCUCCAUCACUCAUUCGGUUUACGUGACGCUGGAUGACAGCCGGCUGCGCCUGGCCUACCCACGGACCAACAUUCCCCGCUGGGCUUCCUUCGAAGAGACGCAGCACGAGGUGGCGUUUCUACACGCCCACAUUUACCAGCUGGCAAACAGUAAGGUUUCUUUAGAGCCUCCCGGUUUGGCUCGUAAGAGAAUAUGGAACAGGAAGUACCCCAUAUGCAUCACCCUGGCUGAGGGUGAGGUGGGGGAGGAAACCUUUGAUGAAAGGCAAGGGGAGGACGAGAAGGCAGAAGGGCACGUCGUCCCGGACCAGCGCUGCCCCGUCACUCUCUACCUGUUUGGUCGCACGGGAAGAGAGAAGGAGGAGUGGUUUCAGCACUUUCUGCUGGCGUCCAAAGCUGGAGCUGUGACCAGCAAUGAGGAGAAUACAGGCGAGGGUUUGGAAUUAAAGCCUGACUGUUGUGACCUCAGGUACUUUAUUAUAAUCUACUUUUUAUGUAUUCGUCUUUUAGAAACACCAAGUGGAGAAGCUCUCAAGGAAAACGCAGAGGAUGCCAAUGACCUCUCUGUAAAAUCCAGAACGAUGCUGGACUACACCACCUAUAUGGCUCAGCUGAUUGGCUCAAAAAGAUGCAGCCCCGCCCUCAGUCCAUGCCAAAGUGAGAAGGGAAGCCCUUCGACUUGCAAAAAGGUUCACGCUGAAGAUCCUGGCUCUGGAGGUGAAUCGGGAGGUGAUCCAUCUGCAGCGACUGAGUCAGCCAGGUGCUCUGCCGAGAGCCAGCCCACCUGGGUGAACUGCCUGGUGGGCAGAAUAUUCUGGGAUUUUCUGGGAGAGAAAUACUGGACUGACCAGGUGGCACACAAGAUCCAGAAGAAACUCAGCAAGAUUAAGUUGCCAUAUUUCAUGAACGAGCUGACUCUGGCUGAUCUGGACAUGGGAACCUGCCUUCCUCAGGUCUUACACACGUCCAAACCUGCGCUGGAUCGCAGAGGCCUGUGGCUGGAGCUGGAGGUGGUGUACACAGGCUGCCUUCAGAUGACCCUGGAGACUAAGAUGAACCUUUCUAAGCUGGGAAAGGAGGAGGAGGAUGAAGCUCAUAGUGUUCCUGAGACACAACAUGUUGGCUCUAAGGCAAGGCUGUGUGUAUUGGCCGAUAGUGAUGAGGAGUCAUCAAGUGCUGGAUCCUCCGAUGAAGAGGAAAUUCCUGCGUUUGAGCCGCAGGGAUCUCAGGGGGAAAAGAGCAGCGGAACAGUGGCUGAUGGACACACUGGUGGCAGCACAGGUAGAAAAAUCCUCAAAUUUGUUGACAAGAUAGCAAAGUCCAAAUAUUUCCAGAAGGCCACAGAAAACGAGUACAUCAGGAAGAAGAUAGCUGAGGUGUCCAACAUGCCCCUGAUGCUCAGUGUUGAGGUUCUGGAGCUUUCUGGAACUCUGGCGGUCAACAUUCCUCCUCCCCCUACAGACAGGAUAUGGUACAGCUUCAGAGUGCCUCCCAGGUUAGACCUCCAUGUGCGCCCCAUGCUGGGAGAGCGGGAAGUCACCUUCACUCAUGUGACAGAGUGGAUCGAAAGGAAACUGCAGUGUGAGUUCCAGAAAGUGUUUGUGAUGCCCAACAUGGAUGAUCUGUAUCUGCCUCUGAUGACAUCUGGGCUGGAAAACACACCCACAUCCCAUCAGUCCUCAGUUCAUUCCUCCUCCUGCCAAUCAUCCGUGGAGUCUCAGGAGUACCUGACAGAGUAGAGCCCCCUAGAGGCCACUCAUCCCACUGCAGUGACUUUGAUGGAGAAAGAACUAAUGCAACAGUGCCCCCUGCUGGAAUCCUGAAAAAGUGAAUCUACCUUGAUCAUGAUGUGCAGCAUCAGCAAAUGGAAAUACAAAGACCGAAAAGAUCCCUUUAAUCCAGCAAUGAUGGUGCAUGAUGUCUACGUGAUUUAUAGACAUUGAAUAAAGUUUAUUUAGAAAUUUUAUAGAAAUAUAUAUAUAUAUAUGAUUAUAAAGUCAAAAUAUGAAAACAAGGUGCCUAAAUCACAAAAAUGCUCUAAUGAUAGGUAGAAAAAAGCAAAUAAUCACAUGAAAAACUAGAAUUUUGAACCUGGUUUUAUUAUUAUGCGAGAAACCCCACAAAUCAAGUAUUUUUCAGGCUUCCUCUGGUUGAG